GGUUUGUGUACAGCUUCACUCUGUAGUAGCUCUGGUUAUUAUGAAUGUGUCACAUGGUAGGGAUUUAGCGUUAUGGCACAGUGGGGUGCGUGUGCCGUAUUUUGUCUGUUUACAAUUUUUGCUUACGUGUCAGUUAAAGAUCUAUUUUCGUCGACCAAUGCAAGCAUAGAGAAACAAAUACCAGUAACAAAAAUUGACAGACUGACCGGACCUGUUUUGAAAUUUCACUACUGCUACUCGUGUGGAUAUGAGAAGGCAUUUCAAGAGUAUGCUAAUAUAAUACAGCAGAAGUAUCCCCAUAUUCGUGUUGAGGGAGAAAAUUAUCAGCCUCCCAGAUUAAGUCUGGUUAUAUCUAGGAUACUGUCUGUUUCCAGACUUUCCCUCAUAUUUUUAAUUAUUACUGGUUUCAACAUCUUUGAAAUAUUUCAAAUUGCUCAACCAGUAUGGUGGUCAUGGUGCAUUGACAAUAAGAUUUAUUCUUCCAUGAUGGUGUAUUUUAUGUGCAAUUCAUUUGAAAGCAUGUUGAUGUCCACUGGAGCUUUUGAAAUAACAUUUAAUGAUGUUCCGGUGUGGUCAAAAUUGGAAACAGGAAGAAUACCGCAACCUCCAGAACUCUUUCAAAUAAUUGAUAAUACAUUACAGUUCCAAAAUAAAGCUGACCUAAAACCUAACUUUCCUAAAUAAGUUUUAAAAGCUGUUGGAAGAGUAUUGUGCCACAGCCCUGUGAAAUGUAUUUUAUAAUGUUAUUUAACAACUGUGAUACCAUUAUAGAGUGUGAACAUUUUUAUGUUAGCUAAGAAGCCUGUGUUAAUUGUGAAAUAUUUAUUAUUUAUUUUGUUGAGAGAUUUAUAUAUAAUAGAUAAUACUCUGUGUGUGUGUGUGAGAGAGAGAGAGAGAGAGAGAGAGGGGGGGGGGGGGAAUUUAAAUAUGCUAAAACAAAAUACGAUAUCUUUAGAUCAGUCUUGUCUAAUGCAUUAUUUAAAUGGACCAUAUGAUAUUCACUUCUGCUAGAAUUAAUUUCUCUUUAAAUUUGUGUUGCUAUAUCAAGUAUUGUUUCAAAUACAUUGUUUUCAUUACUCAAUAGAUUUGCAAGUUAUUUUUAAACUUUUAAAAUAAGCCAUUUCUUCAAAAAUGGAUAUUGUAUGUAAUUACAGAAAGAAAAGAAAAACAGACAUCCAGAUUUCAAAUUAGAAAGAAACAAUGACAGUAACUGAGUGAAGCUGUACUGAAAAAUGCACUUGAACAGUGUGUGUGGAGAGUAUCAUCCACAUGUGGGAGGGUGAAGGUUCAGGUCCCUGGCCUGCCAACAAGGUUUAGGUUUUACAUGGUUUUCACCAGGCUGUUGGUUUAAAUGAGUGCUUUAUUAAGCACUGCUAGAUGGUUCCAUGUGUGUGCACAUUCCCAAGUUGUUAUGUUACUAGGUGCAGCUGAGAAUGUGCACACAGUUGAAACCGGCUAGUAGAGCAGCCUGGUGUAAACAAUAUUGUUCUUUAAAUUUGUCAUGGCUGUGGGGCCCACUCUUCAGUCAAAUUUCUGAGUAAAUAUCUGAGCGGUGUCUGUUUUUUCAGACACUACUCAGAUAUAUAUGUCUCUAAAACAGAGGGUAAUGGCUCCUCAACCUUUGUUUUAGUGUGAAUCAUUGUCCCAACUCCUGUGGGAAUAAGGAUUUGUGAGUAGAGGUUAAUGGGCAAGGAAUGCAGCAAGCGAUAAGUUGGAAAUUUGAGUCAGUUGGCGGCCGUGUCUGGUUGGCCAAAGUGGUUAAAAUAACGCUCUCAUGAGAAGUAGUAAAUCUUGGUUUGAGUCGCAGUCUGGCACAAAUUUUCAACUGUGCAGAUUGUUGCCACAAUUUCCGACUCAUCCUUUCCUUUCCCCCUUACUACAUUUCAUGUUUACAAAUUUGUAAGUGGUUUCUUUGAAAAGCACACAACCAGUUUCUUUCCUCAAAUUGGAGCUUGUGUUCUGUAUCUAGUGACUUAAUCAUUGAGAAGAUGCUGAACUCCCUUCUUCCGCACUUCCAAUGCAGCCGUGUUCGUGGAUAUGCUUUUCCAAACUUACUUGCACUCUGACUACUUGUAAAGCAGCAACUGUCAUUUGGAAUGAGGGGUGCAAACAAGAAAUCACAGUUAAACUCGAUAUUCCCUACAGUAUAUAGACAAAAUAUGUGCAGUAUGGGACAUCUGUGCACUGAAACAUGAUAGUUCUUUUGGUUGGUGUAACUGUAAAAUGAAUAAAAUCAUUUUUGGAAAAAGUUUCUGUUAAUGUCAACUUGAUUUGCAUGUCCAUUGUAUUUGCAUAAUAAAUAGAAAAACACUAAUUUGUUAAUGGGUAUACCUUACUUCCACCAACUCUGGGUAGAUGUAGUUCUCUUCAUUGGAAAAAGUGUACACAUAAGUUUUACAGAAUCCUGACUGAAAACUGUUGAAGUUAGCAUUAGUGUACUGUGGGGAAUCCUUGUAGGAGUGCACAUGACUAGUUUUGUUACAAAAUUUACUUGCAGCUGUAAUUCCAGACAGAAAAUGAAACCACAUUAAAUACUGUGUUUAAUGUCUAAAAA